CCAGCCCAAGCUCCAAAUCAAUCAAAUCGCAUUCCACCAAUUCUCCACUCUCCAUCCUCCUCUAAAAUCCAUUUCAAAUUCGCGAUUCUGAUUCUCUCCUUAAUCGAAUCGCGAAUUUCGUUAGCUGAAUCAAAUCACAGCAUUCGCUAGCUGCACAAUUCUUCUUAUCGGAAUCCAAAAAUGCAACCGGCGAUCUCCCAAUUCCCCGCCGCCGCCGUUCGCCUGGCUGGACCGGCGCUCCCAUACCGGCGACCACCACAGAAGACGACGACGUCAGUGACAUUGAGGAAGCCGGCGGCGGUGAGGUCGCGGCGGCGCGACGACGCGGAUCAGUUCUUCUCGGGCGGCGGCGGCGGCGGGGUGGUGGACGAGGGGAUGAUCGAGCUGCGGCGGAGGAUCCACGAGAUGAGGGCGGCGGAGAGCGGGUGGGAGCCGCCGGCGGAGUGGGCGGCGUGGGAGAAGGAGUGGUACGGGAGCUACGACGCCGACGUGUGCGCGCUGGUGGGCGCCGUGCAGGCCUUCCUCAUGAGCUCCCGCCCCGGCGUCGGCGUCGGGAUCGUGGCAGCGGUGGCGGUGAGCGUUCCGACCACCGCCUUCGUCCUCGUCUCCGGCCUCCUCCAUGCCUCCCAGUCUCUCCUCUCCAACCUCCAACACUAGAAGCUUAGCUUCCAAGCUAACCAUGGAUGAUCACACUUGUGUUCUUUCUAGUUUAUACUAAUUUAAUUUUAUCUAAAAAAACUAGUAUAUGUAAUGUUUGAUUUGAUUAUCGUUUCAAUUACAGGAAAAGAAAUAUAGAUUGUCAAAUUAACAUUUCGUCUACAUGAAUAUUCCUUUGUAUAUGAGCAAUUAUGAAUUACUCCUACCAAUUGUUAUCUCCAUACAAAAAUGUGAUUCUGACAAUGCAUUUUGACAA